AUGUCUUCAGCCUACGUGAGGCAAGCCCCUCCUUCACCUCCUGAAAGUGCCUCUGAAGCCACGGUCGAGGUGUAUGCCCUUCAAGCCGGUCAUUUUGCCUUGCCAGAACGUUUCUUCGUCCACCCGGCCUCGGAAACAGCGAGGAGGACCGUCCCUUCACUGUCUUUCCUGAUCAUCCACCAGGAUCUAGAAACAGGUCGCACAACUCGAAUAGUCUUUGACCUCGGUCUACGGCGAGAUAUUAGUCGCUAUCCUGUCCCGAUCCAGAAGCAUAUCGAAACAAGGCAGCCCUUGACGACCCUUCCUGACGUGACUGCGAGUCUGGCAGCUGGUGGACUGAAGCCAGACGAUAUAGAUUAUGUGAUCUAUUCUCACGUGCAUUGGGACCAUGUAGGGGAACCUCGAGAUUUCCCGAAAAGCACAUUCGUGGUGGGAAAUGGAGCGGUAGCUUUGCUGCAAGGCGCAGGGUCGUUGCGAGGGAGUCAUUCGUUCUUCGAGGCUGAUCUGCUACCGUCCGAGCGAACCAUUGAAUUACCAAAUCCCUUCGAAGAGGUUGACGAGGAGCAGCAUGGCUUUGGUCCGGAUGCAGCAGACUUCACGCAGGAAUGGAAGCCUUACGGCAAUCUUCCCCGAGUCCUCGAUGUCUUCCACGAUGGGAGCUUGUACAUCGUCGACUCACCAGGUCAUCUUCCAGGCCACAUCAACCUUCUGGCAAAGACAAGCCCGACGUCAAGUGUGUACCUGGCGGGAGAUGCCUGCCAUGAUCGGCGCAUCAUGAGAAAUGAAAGGCAGAUCGGAGAAUGGCUUGAUGACCAUGGGCAUAUCUGCUGCAUCCAUGCCGACAAAAAACUGGCCGAGCAGACGAUUCAACGCAUUCAGGAGUUGGAAUCGAACGGCGUCGAAGUGAUUUUUGCGCACGACUACGAGUGGGAGGAAGAUCCGCGGAACCAGUCUCGCUUCUUUGGACAAUCGAAGUCUUGA